UUUCCUGCGCGCCAUUAUUAAGCGCUAUCUAGCGCAUAGGAAGAAUUUGGCUAAAUUAAAUAACAGGACAUAAUAAGAAAUCGGCGAAAAUAAGGGUACAGGGGAAAAACGUUUAGCAUUAUUUUGAAUAGUCAGAAUAUGAGAAGACACCUCGRAUGGAGUUAUUUCAGCCGCAUUUCUGUGCUGCAUAUGAGGUGUCUUUCAUUGGCGAUGCUGCGUCCACGGACCGUUAUAUUUUAGGCUGACUGGUUGUGUAGYAGUCUACUCGUGCAAUACACCACUCAGAACAUCUCACAAUUAUUUUUCCUACACGUGGAGGAUCAAAACUACACAGAGAAUGCUUAAACAUGGGAUAGGCMUAUGCAUUUUAUGUGGUCAGUAUUUAUCUGCUACGAUUUUGAAGAUCCGCGGUCAGAGACAGACAGCGGCUCAGUACGCAGUCCUUCUCAAUCGCGUCAUAGCCCACUUCUGCUGAAUGCAAAGAAAGACAGACUUGAGACUCUUUAAAUAUUUAAGGAUAUGGACUCUUCAAAACUGAAGAUAUGCUAGUCUUUUUGUCUAACAUCUUCUAUGCAUGAUCUUCUAUCAAUACAUUUUAAACAGAGAAGUCACGGAUGAGAGCCCAUGACCAGGCUCCAAAAUUACCCCGAACGAGGACGCAGCCUAAAAAUUGCUCCAAUGCGAAAUGCACCAGCUUCUCCAGGUGGAAUGUCGUCUACGACGAUGGAGAGUGUUAUUGGUGCUGAACGUGAUUGCGGUUGCGGGGUUCAUGACACUUUGGACCAAGUGCACCCACAACCGAGUGACAAAAACCCACGGUCAGGACGAUGUGAAAAGACAAUCACGCUCUAACGGCACGACUCAAGGUYUGAGCAUCAGUCAUGAAGUAUUACUAAAGAGACUCGGGUCAUUGGAGGACGUGGUCUACAGACAGCUUAAUGGUCUGUCCAAGUCCCUGGGGCUGAUUGAGGGUUUCGGGGGGCGAGGUAAAGGGGGACUCCCCGCCACCCUAGCCCCAAAAGAAGAGGACGACGCGAAAGUACUGAGGGAGAAGUAUGGAUACAACGCUUACCUCAGCCAAAAGAUAUCACUGGAUCGGUCCAUACCAGACUACCGGCCCAGCAAGUGUAAAAAGGCCAGCUUCCCCAGGGAUCUUCCAAACAUCUCCCUUAUCUUCAUCUUUGUCAAUGAGGCGUUGUCAGUAAUCCUCCGCUCCGUCCACUCAGCUGUCAAUCACACACCGGCUCACCUCCUCAAAGAGAUCAUUUUGGUGGACGACUACAGCGAUGAUGAACAACUGAAAGGGCCAUUGGAGGAUUAUGUAAACAAGCGUUACCCAGGCCUGGUGAAAAUGGUGAGGAACCAGAAGCGUGAGGGACUGAUCCGUGCCCGCAUCGAGGGCUGGAAGGCAGCCAGUGGUGAGGUGACUGGAUUCUUCGAUGCCCACGUUGAGUUCACACCCUCCUGCAAGUACCCAAUUGUGGUGUGGCUGUGUGGGGGCAGUAUGGAGGUGCUGCCCUGCUCCAGGGUGGCUCACAUCGCCAGGAUGAAGAAGCCCUAUCACAGCAACAUAGCCUCCAGCACGCGGCGUAAUGCCCUGCGCGUGGCCGAGGUCUGGAUGGACCAGUUUAAGUCGCAUGUCUACCUGGCUUGGAACAUCCCAAUGGAGAACCAUGGGAUAGACUAUGGGGACAUCUCUCAGAGGGUAGCAUUGAGGAAAUCUCUGCAAUGUAAGAACUUUGAGUGGUACCUGGACAACGUCUAUCCAGAGAUGAGGAGGUACAACAACACCGUCUUUUACGGGGAGAUUCGUAGUAGCAAAGCGACCCAUCUGUGUAUGGACCAGGGAGAGAAGGUGAACCACACAGCCACCCUGCACCCCUGUCACGGAAUGGGACCCCAGUUGGGUCGGUACACCAAGGAGGGACAGUUUUUCCUCGGUGCUCUGGGCAGUACAGGGGAGGAAACACRCUGUCUGAUGGACGACCARGUCUCCAAUUUCCCUCAGCUCCUCAACUGUGACAAAGUCUCCAACACCAGGCUGACCAUAUGGCACUUCUCUCAGAACGACUCAAUCAUCAACAGAGCCACGGGUCGCUGUCUGGAGGUGAUACAGGCGAACGCUUACUUCGGACACUCGCUGGUGCUUCAGACCUGCUCCGGACAGAGGUGGAACAUCAAAAACACAAUGAAGCAGUAGCCACAGCAUGAUGCAGAAUUUUCUUUGACCAAGAUAGUGUUAUUGUACUGAAUUGAAUCAGUUGUCAUACUGUAUUAUUAAAAUUCUUCAGUUGUUGUUUUCCAAGAUUGUCUUCCAAUAAACUGCUGGUCUGAUGGUUUAAAAAAACAAAACAAAACAUUUGUGUACG